AGAGGCCUCCCUAAAUUAGAUAUGAUUUUGACCAUCUUUGUGAUUUAGUCGCAUUAGGUCAGGAAAAAAUUGGAAACGUAUCGAUAAAAACAACAUUUACCUAAAUUUUUAAGACAGACUUACGAUGACGGAAACUUAUCAGGUGAGCAAAGGUUUGACAGUCGUCGAUCGAUACAUGUAUGUUACAAACAGGCCGAUGACGACGAUCCUUACUCCCCAAGCGACCCAAAAAAGCUGAAGAAAUGCGAAGUCUCACAAUCAGUAGGGGUGCAAACAGUUUCACUGUCGAGCAAAUAUCAUGGGGAACUGUUAAACUUUUUGAGAGAUCGCCAAUUUCGGCAGCGUAUUUCCCGGAGAAGGGUUAAAGUAUUGAGAGAUAUUGAAGCUAAGUCAUUGCCAAAUAUGCUUCGGGAUAGGAAGAUCGAUCUAGGAGAAGUAAAUAAGGUAUUUGCCAGCGCCUGGAUUAAUUCCACGCAUGUAGCAGUUGGAACCAAAUGCAAUCGACUGCUGAUAAUCGACGUUGUAGAGCAGAGGGUCGAUGCAACAAUCGAAAGCCUUAAAAGUAGUAGAUUAAAUUCGUCCACUAUAGAACAAAACUGCGGUAUUCAUGCCAUAGACGUUAAUCCUUCUAAAAAUAUGCUGGCUACUGGGGCAGAUCAACCGAACAAUCUAGCUGUUUAUCAGCUGCCGUCCUUCGAUCCUGUAUGUGUUGGCGAAGAAGCUCACAGCGAUUGGAUUUUUGACCUUUUAUGGUUGGAUGAUAGGAAUAUUAUGACUGGAGGCCGUGAUGGCGUUUUAGCGACUUGGCACAUAGAUUCAGAUAGUAUUGUUAAUGAGAGUAAUGCUUAUACACCGAGGCGUUUGACACCAACAGAAUGUAAAACAAUGUCAAAAACCCAAUUACAAAGAAUUCGUUCACUUGCUUACAAUGUUAUGUCGUCUGAGGUUGCUGCUAUUACUUUAAAUGGUCAUUUACACCUAUUUGAUGUACAAUUAGCAGUCAGUGCGCCAAAACGGAGCGUCCUAUUGCCAUUUUAUAAGGAGAAUGUGGUUGUUGAGUACAGUGACGAUAUGAAUCUCUAUGCAGUCGGUUCGCAUUCCCACAUCUUUCUAUACGAUCCUAGGGAGCCUUGUGGUUCCUCAGAUCCAUCAAGGGGUAGAUUGCGAAGCGUCUCAACACCUGAAAAACAUAUCGCCGUUCGAUCUAUUGCUUUUAAACAGUAUUUAGUUAGUUUAGGUAUGGGGAAAAACUCAUUAACUUUUCUCGACAUGAGAAAUCAUAAGUAUUUGACAACCGAGGACGAUACAGUUAGACGAAUUAGGUUGGAUGAUGGUUACGUUAGGGAAUGCGACAAUGAUAGGGAUAUGAUUUCAACUACGGAUAGCAUAAAUGCCGUAUAUACGCAACGCUGGAAUUCUUUCAACAGUCAUUUAUUCGCCGCUGGUGGUCCUUUACCAGCAUCUCUUUGGGGAAAUUGUGCUUCAGUUUUGAGGUGA